CUCUACGAGGCCAACUCCAUUACGCUCUUUUUUCCACUAUUCGCCAACUGUCUCUUUCAUCAGCAACCUCUUGGGAAAUAGAGGCUAGAGCGAAAGACAGACAUCCAGAAUAGCUAUCAUGACGAAAGCCUGGGCCUGGGCCUGGGCAUGUCUUCUCUUGCUCCUGGUCACCACCAGCGCGGCUGUCAUACCGAGCGGCAGCCUUGCUCUUACCUCGACGACUUCAUUGGCACCACCCUCCUCGACUGAGAGAUCGCAAACACCUAUUACGCCUCUGAAGCAGCGUACGAGGGUUCGCAAAUAUCAGAGCAGCUCAGCAGAAGACGAAACUCGCCUCGAAGCAUUUGUUGGCGGACAGCAGGACGGCCCGACUCGGAAUCAGAUGCGGGCGCGCCAACAGCUGCCGCCCCCCAUUGGGAUGCCGUUGCCCGUCGCCACCAUCACCGUCGUCAGGACUGUGACCGUCGAGGUUGCCUCCCAGACCAGGAUCGUCUUCCAGCCCUUCGAGCAAACCCUGACAUUCAUCAAUCCUGUCGUGGUCUUCGAAACCCGCGCGGUUGCUGCUCCGCAGCCAUUCGAGACGAUAGCUGCGAGAGGCAAGACAGAUACGGCUGCAUUCGAUCAAGAGUCGCAUCCUGUGGCGCUACCGGCAUAUUCGCCCCGAUCCAAAGGAGCUACCCUCUUUUCGAGGCCAGCGCGCGUUCAACGACAGGCUCCGGUGCCAGUCCCUAUGGCUCCUAUGAUCACCGUUGAGAUCACUACGACUUUAACGAAGUUUGCUUUCGUUCGCACUAUUACUGCGUUCAACCAAGUCUUCGUAUCCGUGACCGUGAACCAGACCGUGACCUCCACCAGAUUCGCAACGACGCUUUCUGCUGGGAAAACGGCGUCCCUUCCGUCGGCCAAUCCAAUUCCAUUGUCUCCCGAAAGGACGGGGUCGACCGACACGACCACGUUGUCGUCCACGUUCACAAGUGGCUUGGAAUCGGCUGGCACCACUAUAUUUUUCGCUCCGUCAGAGACAUCUGCCGACGCUGGCGUUACCACUUGGUUCUCGACGCCAUCUGAUCCCGGAGCUCAACGCCCUACGGAAAGCACAGCAGCAAGCUCUGCAGAGCCGCGACCGGACUCCGCCGUCACCGCUGCGCCUUCCGGGCCAACUGCGGUAACAACCCCAGAACCCACUUCAGAACCGGCUCUGUCCCCGGGCACGAUCGCCAGCAUCUCAUUGGGCGCUGUCACCGGUGUGCUCUUCUUGUUGUUCCUUGGCUACCUCUAUCGAACCUACCGCAAGUACGCCAAGAACCGCGAGCACCACCAACCGUCAGAGAAAGACUACAAGAUGACACCGCCAACGACAGCCACCGUUAUGACGAUGGGCCGGCCCGCAGUCGCCUCCCCGAACCACGAUGGUCAAGACGGGGCCACGCCCGGUCAAGCUGGCAGCAAGAGCGCAGACGAGGCCAAGCAGAUCAGGAUCGUCAUCCGGCCGGUCGCGAAACGGCAAAGCGAGGGCGGCAAGCACACUGAGGACAGCGACGAAGUCGAAGCUCGGCGGGCAGAGUGGCAGCGCGCGUCGGGCUACAUGAGCCAGGGCGGCUACAGUGUCUCAGUCGCGGCAGGAAGCGAUUCGACUCUUCGCGACGCUACCGGCUGGAGCAACCGGAGCGAGUAUGGCAGCACGGUCAGGCGCGCGGCCUCGCAAGAUGGCGACAUACCGGAGCUCCCGGCCCUGGAAGGAGCAGCGCAGAUGAAAGAGCGGCACUAGGAGGGGGGUGGCAUGCCGCCCCGAACGUAACCAGGGACUGAAGCAAGGCUCAGUUUCUCGAGAAGCCGGCCAUGAU